UCGCUGGCUCGCUCCGUCCCUCAUCUUCCUCCUCGCGCGAGCGCCGCCGCCCCUCCCUCCCCAUCCCGCUGCCGGGCGCCGCAGGCCCCUGCCUCGUCUCCUCCACCGUAGGGCGGUCGCCCUACCUUGCCCUACCGGGUCCUCCGCCCGUGCUUGCUCCAGUCUACUGCUGCACACUGCAUGCUUGACGAAUUGCAUAUGUGCUCGUCUUUCAUUUGUCUCUUGCAUGUAGAUUUGGCCUAGUCCAUGGCGAAUUCGCGCUUGCCACUAUUCUAGUUGCUCCCAUGUGCAGGACAUGAAUGAAGAUCAACCUUCUGUUGAAAAUGGGUGCGUACUAUGGUCCAAUGGGAUGGACUUGUUUAAGGAUGCGGCAGAAAGAAAUAAUUUCCUCCCUACAGGACUUGAAGGCAUUGACAUGCUUCUCGGAGGUGGGCUGCGCAAAGGUCAUUUAACAGAAAUAACUGGUCAGUCAUCUUCUGGUAAAACACAGGUCUGCCUAUAUUCUGCUUCACAUGUUGCAGCUAGGCAUAUGGGUGUUGUUUUGUACUUGGAUACUAGCAAUUCAUUCUCUCCUAGCCGAAUCGCUCACAUUGUUGAUGAACUUCCCAUCUCUUUGAUCAAAGAGCCAAAGGAUAUGAGGCUUAAAAGGGUCAUGAGCAGCAUCGUUUGUGAGUCUGUAUUUGAUGUAUUUGCUUUGUUUGAAGUACUAGAUCAACUUGAAGCUUCAAUGAAUGACAAGGUAAACAGUGGCGGUAACAAGAUAUGCUUGCUUAUCAUUGACUCAGUAUCAUCUCUACUUGCUCCCAUCAUCGGAGGAAAAAACUCACAAGGGCGGUCGAUGAUGAUAUCGGUGGCUAUGAUUCUAAAGAAGUUAGCAGAUAAGCAUAAUUUAUCUGUCCUGGUAACCAAUCAUACAGUUGGUGGGAAUGGAGCUCCUAAGCCUGCCCUUGGGGAGAGCUGGAAAGCUGUUCCACAUGUUCGUUUGAUGAUCUCUCGUGAUCAUGGGAGCAAUAUGUACACAGCAACAGUGCUGAAGCACACACUACUGGCUUCUGGCCGCCAUAUGAAAUUUGUGGUACCCUGAAUUCUCUGAAUAUGGCGUUCCAGACGAGGACCCAUCUGGGAGUUGCAAGACUUGACAGACCAUCCCCCACAUGAGAAAACAUUUUGCUUAGUGUUUACCUUGCUUAAGCACCGUGACGGUUUGUGGUAUAUACGAUUUUGCACGGUGCUUGUGUGAGGGGUGUACCUGACUGAUUGGCUUGCGAGCGUCCGGGAAUACGUUGUUACUGGCAGAUUCUUCAUAAUGCGCAAACUAGAAUACGGUCUAACAAUCAAUAAGCUUUUUUUUUUCGUUUUCUCUUAUAAGAACAAGCAUCUGGCUUGAUUUUAUUCAA